AUGCUGUCGACAUCGUUACGCCGGGCGGCAUGGAUUCCCAUGCCGCUGCCCGGGAUCACUCGCUCCGGUCAGAAUGUUACCAACAGCCUGCUGGGCGCAACCCGACCUUUGCACCAGCGCCGGUAUUCCUCCUCUUCCUCUAAACCGCCUGUCCCGCCCAGCGAUGGUUCCCGACGACUGGACACCACUCCCGCCAAGGGCGUGAACUCUUCUAGUGAGAAGAGCAAGGCCACCCGCCGUCGUGGAAAGGAUGGCGCUACCCGACAAGCAUCGUCAAAGUCCGGCCAACAACAUGCGGCUUUUUCCAAUCUCCCCAGUGUCCCCUCCACACAGCACCGACAACCGCAUGAUGUGCAUGUGGCGUCGUUCUUCUCCAUCCACCGUCCAAUCUCGGUGACAACCACUGUGCCCCCAACUUCGACCACCGACGCCUUCGAAGCGAUCUUCUCCUCGAAGAGGCCCUUGAAGAAUGAGCCGGAGGACGUCAUCUUUACUCUUUCUUCGGCUGUUCAGAACAUGGAGCAUGGCCAACAAGCCAUGUCAGAGUCUGAGGAGCAGUUCCGAACCUUCAGCGAGCAGGACGGUGAACUCCGCAUGCUUGACGGCCCUGAGGCUAAGCUGUCUGUCGAGGAAUACACCCGCCGUCUUCGACCCUUCCAGCCCCCUCCUCCCCCAGUGCCCAUGGAUGCAUCCGCCACCGAGGCCGCUGAGUCCACAGAUUCCCAGGUCGACAAUGAGUACCAGACCUACUCUACCGUCCUGACAAUCCGUGAGGCUCGCGGCCUCGAUGGUCGCAAGACCUACGAGGCCCACACAGGCCCAUUCGUUCGCAGCGAAGAGAUGGAGGCCCCAUCCAGCAUGCACGAGGAAAUCUCCAUCGAGGCACCCGCUGAUUCUACUGGCGCGACAUACAUGGAGCGCUUGCGCAACAACCGCACCAUGCACGCGCUCAGCACCAAGAGAAGACGCCAAGCCAAGAUGAAGAAGCACAAGUUCAAGAAGCUGAUGAAGAGAACACGUACCCUGAGACGGAAACUCGACAAGUAG